AUGAUCUCAAAGAUAUCUCCCGCAGUCCGCCCAACACUGCUCCAGAUCUACCUAUCCUGGGUAGAUGCGUGGCUGUUGUCUGCAAAGGGACCAGAAUCACCCACAGAACCCCUCUUAACCCUCGAUGAACUGUCAACCAUGUUUCAGGAUGGAAACAUCCACCAAUUGAUGAGCCACAAAAUCAUCUUGCAAGCAAUCCGAUCAUUCAAAAAGCACAACGAACAAAACAAAAUUACCGUCGGCGGCACUCAACCCCCAUCCAAUGGCAUGACGAACCUAUUCUCCGAAACCUAUAACCCCCAAUCCGACUGCACUUGUGAUCAGAACAAACCAAAGAGCAGUAAACAUAGACAAAUAACGUGUGGCGCCAUCAAUGGCAUGGUCUCCGCAAUGGAAACCGUCCACUACACUCAAGACGAAUGGCACACCGACCUCUUCACAGCGCCCAAACUCCAAGCCGCCGUCGACGAACUCAUCCUCGCGAAUACCGAUAUCCAACCUACACACGAUACUUGCCAAGGACCCGAGACAGCAGACUUGAUCCCAACGAUCCGAGCACCGGACCGCCGUCCAAAUCCAGGCGUCGACGGAAACGCAAUUAUCGGAAACCAACUUUAUCCCACAGCCGAACAAAUCAAGAUCUGUGCCGAUGCCAAGUACUUCGGUGUCAUUGCCUGCGGUGCAGGUCUCUGCGACGAGGGUCUCGCACGAGCAAUCGCAGAUUCAUGCAACGAUAUCCUUAUCGGCGACUAUUGUGAAGCGGCGGAUGCGAAGGGGUUGAAACUUCUUCAGCAGGUUGGUGGUGCUGCGAUGGCGUUCCUCAAGUUGUGUAACAUGUCAGGUCGAAUUUCGGAUUGGCAGUUUAGUAACCUAGCCGCUUAUAUGAUUCAGUGUCGGGUUUUGGGGCAUUUCCGUGACCAUGAGCGACCAUAUCUGCCGGAAGGGAUCUAUGGGAGUCAUAUGACUGGUCUUGGAGUGCAUCGGCAUCUUGAUGUUGCUGCUUUUCAUGGAGUGAUGACUGCUUCUGUGGCGACGGGUUUGGAGUGCAGUGAGAAGGAGUUUAUGAGACUUGUUGAUGCAUGUGUUUAUGUGAAUGAUUUUGUGGAUUUCAGGGGUGAUACGAUGCGGAAGCAGAGGGAGAACGUCUUGUUAAGAGGACUAAGAGGAAAUAUCUGUCGGUACCUUGACAACAUGAUUGGCGAGUGUCUUGAUGCGGUGGUUGAAGUUGUGGAGGGCUCGGAGUUGGGGGCGCUGGUUGUCAUGGGAUAUUGCAAUUGGGCGGUUAUGGGGGCUCAUCACAAGGUGUUCGAGGUCCUUCAUGGAGUGAAAGGGGUUAAGCAGUAUGAAACUUGCCGUUACCGAUCCAUUGCUGAUACCUCGAAGUAUUUGAGGUUGUUGAGGGCAUUGGAGCCAUAUGGGACACUUCAUGAGGAUGGACCGAUGGUCACGAAAAGGCGGGUGGAGAUGGAGAAAAUUUAUAGCACUUGUCGAUCAGACCCGGCGGCACACUUGGCCUGGCUGGCCGACGCAGCCCGGAGCCUGCUUGAGCCUACUGUGCUCAGGAGGAUAGUGGAUGUGGUUCAUUACGAGUGGAGUGGAGAUGUGGGUGCUGUAGAUUAUUGCCCUUAG